ACGGCUCGUUGUUAUUUUUAUAUAAAUUCGCUCGAGGCGCGCCGCGUCGCCUCUCUCUCCCGUCGUCGCUCACAGGUCCAUGGGAAACUUCUCUUUCCGUCGUCGCACGCUCUGCCGCGUCGGCGUCUCCGCGGGAGCGGCGCCGGCCGCGGAACGACGCGGCGGCGGCGAGGGAGACCGCGCGGCGGAUUUGGAUUUGGAUUUCGUCGCGGCGGCGGCGGCGGCGGGCUUUUUUUUGGAUCUCCCCGCCGCCGCCGGCUUCUUCUUCGCCCUCGUCGUCGUCGUCGUCGUUCUCUCGACCUCGUCGCCGAUCGCUCGGCCGCCGCGCGUCCUUCCCUUCGCGCCGAUCGCGCGGGCGAGCACCGCGGUCGCGGCCGCGCCGCCGAACGCGCCGACCGUCUAG